AAUCUUCUCAUAAGAGAUAGGAUUACUAUUAGUCUAGCCCUUUUUCUCUUGCAAAGUAUCGUUUCUAUGGAUGUGGAGGUCGGGCAGAGCGGAUUCUGCGGUAAAUGCAACUCAGUUGUGAAUUAUAAUUUCAAAACAUGCCACUCGUUAAAAUCGAUGUUGUUAGAGGGACCAGGUCUCCUGAUGAGUUGAAAGUAUUGGCGGAUGUCAUUCAGCAGGCGAUGCGGGAUCAUUUCAAUGCUCCAGAGCGUGACAGAUAUCAGAUUAUUACCCAACAUGAAGAUUAUGAGCUCAUAUGUGAGGAUACGAACUUGGGAUUUAGCCGAAGCAAGGACCUUGUGAUCAUUCAAAUUUUUCAGCAAGGUAGGAAUGAUCAGCAAAAGCAAGAAGUUUUCAAAGCGCUUCACGAAAGUCUUUUCCAAAAGUGUGGUCUCUCUGGAGAGGAUUUGAUUGUUUGCUGCGCUCAAAAUACUCCCGCGGAUUGGAGCUUCGGGAUGGGUGUCGCUCAGUUUUUAACUGGGCAACUGUGA